CGCCUCCGGCCUCGCCGUAGCCCUCGGCUUCAUCAUCCGUCCCGGCGCCGGUGCCUCCGCGCUCAACACCCAGCUGGGGCUGUCGGGCGCGCUGCCCCCCAGCAAGGAGACGGUGGACUCCUUCCUCGACCUCAUCAGAAACCUGUUUCCUGCAAAUCUUGUUGCUGCAGCUUUCGAAACGUAUGCGACAGACUAUAAGAUGCUGCUCAGGAACACUACCUCUGGAAAUGCCACAUGGGAAAAGAUCCCUGUCGGUACUGAGAUCAAAGGGAUGAACAUCCUGGGACUGGUGCUGUUUGCUCUGGUUUUAGGAGUGGCACUGAAAAAGCUUGGCCAGGAGGGGGAAGAUCUGAUUCGCUUCUUUAACUCAUUCAAUGAGGCAACAAUGGUCUUGGUUACCUGGAUUAUGUGGUAUGUACCUAUUGGCAUUAUGUUCCUUGUUGGGAGCAAGAUUGUGGAAAUGGAAGAUAUUGUGCUUCUGGUGACCAGUCUGGGAAAAUACAUCUUCGCCUCUAUCCUGGGCCAUGUCAUCCACGGAGGAAUCAUUCUGCCGCUUAUUUAUUUUGCAGCCACACGGCAAAAUCCGUAUCGUUUUCUCUUAGGACUUAUCACACCACUUGCCACUGCCUUUGCCACUUGCUCCAGCUCAGCCACACUCCCGUCCAUGAUCAAGUGUAUUGAGGAGAACAACGGAGUCGACAAGAGGAUCAGCAGGUUUAUCCUUCCCAUUGGGGCCACUGUAAACAUGGAUGGUGCUGCUAUUUUCCAGUGCAUGGCAGCUGUGUUUAUUGCUCAGCUGAACAAUGUCGACCUCAACCCUGGGCAGAUCUUCACAAUUCUCGUGACGGCCACGGCGUCCAGCGUGGGAGCGGCCGGGGUCCCUGCCGGAGGCGUCCUCACCAUCGCCAUCAUCCUGGAGGCCAUCGGGCUGCCCACCAACGACCUGUCCCUCAUCCUGGCCGUGGACUGGAUCGUGGACCGAACCACCACAGUUGUCAAUGUGGAAGGGGAUGCCCUGGGAGCGGGCAUCCUUAAUUACCUGAACGAAAAAGACAAGAAAGAGAGAGAGCAGGAGCUAAAGGAAGUCACCGUAGAAGCAAUUGCAAACAGCAAGUCUGAAGCGGAAACGUCACCUUUGGUAACCCACAAAAACCCAGUUUCCAACACAAGCAGCACAGCAGACCCUGAAUCCAAGGAAUCAGUAUUGUGAACUCGAGGCCGCUCGUCAAGACCAGUCCUAGAAGUGGCCCAGGGACUUACCAACGCACCCAGACGUUUGCAGUGCGACCAGGGGCUGGAUGGCUCUUGGAAGUGCUCGGUUCCAGUCUGUUUUGAAAUAUGCUGGCCUGGGGAAGGGGAGGGAGGUGGGGUGGACAGAGAAGGGGUGCUGAGAAGGAACACUCGCUUUAUAAUAGUAUUUUGAUAGUUUGUGUGUGUACAUGUAUACGUGUUGCGCGUGCACACUUGUGUACAUGUAUGUGAGAGCUGCCAUUGAGGCUUCUGGUGUAACAAGACUUCCAUUAGUGAUGGCUCAGAUGGGUUGAAGGUAGGAAGGUAGACAUACUCAGUAUGUGCUUAUUGUAGGGAAAAAUUAGUAAGCUUAUUUUUGCUGCUGUUUGAAUGGUGAAGCAGUCUAGAAACUCCAGAGUGGGUAAAAAUGUUGCUUAAAUUUGUUUUCUAGCCUGGAAACACUGAUCAUUACAGCCAUGAUAUGAAGCAACAUUUUUCUCCCACUCCCCUUCCUUUCAUGUUCUCCGAUCCAUUAAAAACAUUGAACAUGUCCUUAAAAACA